AUGAAUUUGAUCGUGUUCCACUUUUUGGUGCUCUCAGAAAUUGGAGGCGCUUUUAGCCGUUUUACAGGAGGUGCAUCCAUUAAUGCCGGAUUACAUUUCGGUAACAAAGAAACAGGAAAAGAUUAUUGGCAGGAUGCAUUGAACCAAUACGGUGGUCUCGCACAAGGAUAUGGGCACAAGCAUGGCCCUGGAGGUCGUCUCCGAAGCGGAGGUGAAGGAGGACAAGGAAGCAAUGGCAUUGGAGGCGGUUCCGCCAGUGUUGGGGUUGGUAGCAAUGGACAAGCAUCAGCGCAAGCUUCAGCAACAAGUACAGUAGGGCAAACUAGUGGUCAAGUUCAAGAACUUGGAAGCAACCGCAUAGGAGGCCAAUCCAUCAGUGUUCAAACUAGAGUUGGUGAAGAAGGAGCAGGAAAAGCUUCGGCAACAGAUAUAUUAGGGCCAACUGGUGUCACAGUUCAAGGACUUGGAAGCGGAGAUAAAGAAGCUGAUGCACAAAAAACAAGCGCAUCCGCCAGUGCUAAGGUUGAUAUCAAUGGGCAAGGAGCCGCAAAAGACCAAGCUUCUAGUCAAGUCAAAACUGGUGUCGGUGGCGUGGAAGCGACAAAAGGUUCAGUUCCAAGUAUUUUAGAUAAUAUGGGUGGUUUAGUGCGAGAUUUAGGAGGCGGAUUUGGAGGGGCUGUAGGAAAUCUUCUUGGACGUCUUCUUCGAAACGGACGUAUUGGAGAAAACGGAUGCAAAGGUAAAGAAGGCGGAUUUAUCAGCAGUGAAAUGGACAUGAAUCAAGGAGCCGGGAAAGGUGUAGCACUAAAUAUAUCAAACCAAGCUUCUAGUCAAGUGCAAGGAGUUGGAAGUGGAGUUGAAGGAUGUAAAGAAAAAAAAGGAAACGAAUACGUCGCUACUAAAAUUGCAACCAUUGGACUAGGAUCUGGGAAAGACAAACUUGGUACUCUAGUGCAAGAAUUUGGAAAGACUGCAGGAGGUCUUCUGGGAAGUCUUCUUCGAGGCGCACGUAAAGUGGAAAAAGGAUCCAACAAUAAAGAAGGCAAAACUGUCAGCAGUGGUCUUAAUAUCAUUCAAGAAGCCUGGAAAGGUUUAGUACAAAAUUCAGUAAACCAAACUGGUAGUAAUGUGCAAGAACUUGCGAGUGGAAAUGCAGGGACUGUCGAAAGCGUUGGCGGAGAGCUUCUCCAUGGCGCCGAAAAAGGAGAUAACAAAUACAAAAAAGAUAAAGGAGAAGAAGGAGGUAUUGGAGAAUCCGAAGGAAAAGGAGAUGAAGAAUAUGGAAAAGAUAAAGGAGAUAAAGAGGGUAAGACAGAAAAUGCAGGCGGAUCAGUCAGUACUAAAAUUGAUGAAAAUGGUCCAGGAGCUGGAAAAGACAAAUCUGGCACUCAGAUGCAAGGAUUUGGAAGCCAAAAUUUAGGGGCGGCCGCCAGCGUUGGUGGAGUUCUUCAACAAGGCGGAGAAAAGGCAGAUAAAGAAGGUAAAGGAGAAAAAGCAAACGGAGAAGUUACUCUCAAACUUGACACCAAUGCACAAGGAGCCGGAAAAUACGAAGAUGGAAGUCAAAUGCAAGGAUUUGGAAGCAGAAAAUCAUGGACUACCGAAAGCCUUGGUGCAUAUAAUCGAAAAAGCGAAGGAAAAGGAGAUGAAGAAUAUGAAAAAGAUAAAGGAGAUAAAGAGAGUAAAAGAGAAAAUGAAAGCGAAUCAGUUGGUACUAAAAUUGAUAACAAUGGACGCGGAACCGGGAAAGACCAGGCUGGUAGUCCAGUGCAAGGCCCUGGAAGCGGAAAUUCAGCGACUGCCGGAAGCUUUGGUGGAGAUUUUCUAAAAGACGGAGAAAAAGGAGAUAAAAAUAUCAAAGGAGAUAAAGGAGACAAGGAUUACAAAGAUGCUAAAGAAGAUAAAGAGGAUAAAGAAUAUAAGGACGAUAAAGAAGAUACAGGAGAUAAAGGAGAUAAAGAUUAUAAAGAAGGUAAAGGAGAUAAGGGAGGUAAAGGAGAAAAUGGAAGCCAAUCCGUCAGUACUAAGAUUGAUGUUAAUGGACAAGGAGCCGAAAAAUACAAGCCUUGGAGUCAAGGGCAAGGAUUUAAAAGCGCAAGUUCAGUGACUGCUGGAAGCACUGGCAGAGAUCUUCUACAAGGCGCAGAAAAAGGAAAUAAUGAUCACAAAGAAGAUAAAGGAGACAAAGAUAGUAAAGGAGAAAAUGUAAGCGAAUCAGUCAGUACUAAAAUUGAUAAAAAUGGGCCAGAAGCCGGGAAAGACAAAGUUGGGAGUCAAAUGCAAGCAUUUGGAAGCAGAAAAUCUUGGACUGCAAAAAGUCUUGGUGCAUAUUAUCGAGAAAGUGAAGGAAAAGGAAAUGAAAAAUAUAAAGAAGAUAAAGGAGAUAAAGACGAUAAAACAGAAAAUGGAGGCGAAACAGUCAGUACUAAAAUUGAUAAAAAUGGACUAGGAACCGGAAAAGACCAAGCUGGGAGUCAAGUGCAAGGACCUGCAAGCGGAAGUACAGGGACUAUUGGGAAAUUUGAUGGAUAUUUUUCACGAGGAGGAGGAAAAGAAUACAAAGCAGAUGAAGGAGUUAAAGGAGAUAAAGAUGAUAAAGAAGAUAAAGGAGAUAAAGGAGAUAAAAGAGGUGAAAGAGAAAAUGAAAGCGGAUCCGUCAGUAAUAAAACUGAUGCCAGUGGACAAGGAGCUGAAAAAGAACAGCUUGGGGGUCAAGGGCAAGGUUUUAAAAGUGGAUCCGUCAAUACCAAAAUGAGUUUCGUUGAAGAAGGAGCCAAAAAAGACCAACCUGUGAAUCAAGUGCAAGGACUUGCAAGCGGAAAUUCAGAGACCGCUGGGAGAUUUAAUGGAUAUCUUCCACGAGGCGGAGAAAAAGAACAUAAAGAAGUUGAAGGAGAUAAAGGAGAUAAAGAUGGUAAAGAAAACAAAGAUGAUAAAGGAGAUAAAAGAGGUGAAGGAGAAAAUGAAAGCGGAUCCGUCAGUAAUAAAACUGAUGCCAGUGGACAAGGAGCCGGAAAAGAUCAGAUUGGGGGUCAAGUAGAAGGAUUUAAAAGCGGAUCCGUCAAUACUAAAAUGAAUGUCCUUGAAGCAGGAGCCAAAAAGAACCAACCCGGAAGUCAAGUACAAGGACUUGCAAGCGGAAAUUCAGGGACUGCUGGGAAAUUCGGUGGAUAUCUCCCACGGGGCGGAGAAAAAGAAAAUAAAGAAGUUGCAGCUGAUAAAGGAGAUAAAGAUGGUGAAGAAAACAAAGAUGAUAAAGGAGAUAAAAGAGGUGAAGGAGAAAAUGAAAGCGGCUCCGUCAGUAAUAAAACUGAUGCCAGUGGACAAGGAGCCGGAAAAGAUCAGAUUGGGGGUCAAGGAGAAGGAUUUAAAAGCGGAUCCGUCAAUACUAAAAUGAAUGUCCUUGAAGCAGGAGCCAAAAAGAACCAACCUGGAAGUCAAGUACAAGGACUUGCAAGCGGAAAUUCAGGGACUGCUGGGAAAUUCGGUGGAUAUGUCCCACGGGGCGGAGAAAAGGAAAAUAAAGAAGUUGAAGGUAAUAAUGGAGAUAAAGGAGAUAAAGAUGGUGAAGAAAACAAAGAAGAUAAAGAAGAUAAAGGGGAUGGAGGAGAAAAUCAAAGCGGAUCCGUCAGUAAUAAAACUGAUACAAGUGGACAAGGAGCCGAAAAAGACCAGAUUGGUGGUCAAGGGCAAGGAUUUAAAAGUGGAUCCAUCAAUACUGAAAUGAAUGUCGUUGAAGGAGCCAAAAAAGAGCAACCUGGGAGUCAAGUGCAAGAACUUGCAAGCGGAAAUUCAGGGACUAAUGGGAGAUUAGGUGGAUAUCUUCCACGAGGCGGAGGAAAAGAACAUAAAGAAGUUGAAGGAGAUAAAGAAGAUAAAAGAGAAAAUGAAAGCGCAUCGGUUAAUAAUACAACUGAUACCAAUGGACAAGGAGCCGAAAAAAAACAACCUGAGAGUCAAGCGAAAGGCCUUGGAAACGGAAAUUCAGGGAAUGCUGGAAGAUUUGAUGGAUAUGUUCCACGAGGGGGAGGAAAAGAAUACAAGGAAGGUGAAAGAGAUAAAGGAGGUAAAGAAGACAGAGGAGAUAAAGGAGAUAAAGGAGAUAUAGAAGGGGAAGGAAAAAAUGAAAGCGCAUCGGUUAGUAAUACAACUGAUACCAAUGGACAAGGACUCGAAAAAGACCAACCUGGGAGUCAGGUGAAAGGUCUUGGAAACGGAAAUUCAGGGGCUAAUGGAAAAUUGGGUGGAUCUCUUCCACGAGGCGAAGGAAAAGAAUACAAAGAAGGUGAAGGAGAUAAAGGAGAUAAAGGAGAUAACGGAGGUAAAUACGAUAAAGGGGAUGAAGAAGAUAAAGGAGAUAAAGGAAGCAAAGGAGAAAACGAGAGCGGAUCUAUAAGUAAUAAAACUGAUUCCAGUGGACUAGGAGCGGAAAAAGAUCAGGGUCGGAGUCAAGGGCAAGGAUUUAAAAGCGUAAGUUCAGGGAUUGCUGGAAGAUUUAGUACAUAUCUUUCACAAAACAGGGGGAAAGGAGAUAACGAAAAUAAAGUAGGUGAAGGAGACAAAGCAAAUGAAAGGGAUAAGGGAGAUGAAGGAGAAGAUGAAGGUGGAUCCGAUAGUACUAAAAUGAAUGUCGUUGAAGAAGAAACCAAAAAAGACCAGCCCGGAAGUCAAGUACCAGGACUUGGAAACGCAAAUUCAGGAACUGCCGAAAACGUUGGUGGAGCUCCGGAACAAGGCGGAGGAAAAGGAGAUAACAAAUACGAAGAAGGUAAAGGAGAUAAAGACAAUUACGAACAAAAACCAAACGGAUCAGAUAAUGCUAAAGUUGACACCAAUGGACAAGGGUCCGGAAAAGUACCAGCUGGGAUUCAAGGGCCAGGACUCGGAAGCGGAAAUUCAGGGACUGCCGCAAGCGUUAGUGGAGCCCUUCAACAAGGUGGAGGAAAAGGAGAUAACAAAUACGAAGAAGGUAAUAGAGAUAAAGACAAUUACGAAGAAAAACCAACCGGAUCAGAUAAUGCUAAAGUUGACACCAAUGGACAAGGGUCCGGAAAAGUACCAGCUGGGAUUCAAGGGCGAGGACUCGGAAGCGAAAAUUCAGGGACUGCCGGAAGUGUUAGUGGAGCCCUUCAACAAGGUGGAGGAAAAGGAGAUAACAAAUACGAAGAAGGUAAUAGAGAUCAAAACAAUUACGAAGAAAAACCAACCGGAUCAGAUAAUGCUAAAGUUGACACCAAUGGACAAGGGUCCGGAAAAGUACCAGCUGGGAUUCAAGGGCCAGGACUCGGAAGCGAAAAUUCAGGGACUACUGGAAGCGUUAGUGGAGCCCUUCAACAAGGCGGAGGAAAAGGAGAGAAUAAGUAUGAAGAAAAACCAUACAGAUCAGAUAAUGCUAAAGUUGACACCAAUGGACAAGGGUCUGGAAAAGCACAAGCUGGGAUUCAAGGUCCAGGACUCGGAAGCGGAAAUUCAGGGUCUGCCGGAAGCGUUAGUGGAGCUGUUCAAGAAGGUGGGGGAAAAGAAGAUUACAAAUACGAUGAAGGCAAAAGCGAUAAAGACAAUAACGGAGAAAGGGCAAAUGGAUCAGUUAAUGCUAAAGUUGACACCAAUGCACAAAGAGACGGAAAAGAUCAAGCUCAGAAUCAAGGGCCAGGACUCGAAAGCAGAAAUUCAGGGACUGCCGGAAGCGUUAGUGAAACUCUUAAACAAGUCGGAGGAUCAGGAGAUAACAAAUAUCAAGAAGUUAAAGGAGAUAAAGACAGUUACGGAGAAACACAAAACGGAUCAGUUAAUGCUGAAGUUGGCACCAACAGUCAAGGAGCCGGAAAAGACCAAUCUGAGAUUCAAGGGGCAGGACUCGGAAGCGGAAAUUCAGGGGCUGUCGGAAGCGCUGGUGGAGCUAAAGUUGACACCAAUGGACAAGGAGCCGGAAAGUACCAAGGUGGGAGUCAAAUGCAAGGCCUUGGAAGCGGCAAUUCAGGGAGUUCUGGAAGCUUUGGUGGAGCAAGAGUUGACACAAAUGGACAAGGGGCAGGAACAUACCAAGCUGGGGUUCAAGGGCCCCAACUUGGGAGCGGAAAUUCAGGGACCGGUAGCGUUGGUAGAGCUACAGCUGACACCAAUGGCCAAGAAGCCGGAAAAUACCAAGGUGGGAGUCAAAUGCAAAGCCUUGGAAGCGGAAAUUCAGGGACCGCUGGAAGCUUUGGUGGAGCUAGAGUUGACACAAAUGGACAAGGAGCUGGAACAUACCAAGCUGGGGUUCAAGGGCCAGGACUUGGGAGCGGAAAUUCAGCGACUGGUAGCAUUGGUGGAGCUACACCUGACACCAAUAGACAAGAAGCUGGAAACUACCAAGCUGGAAGUCAAAUGCAAGGCUUUGGAAACGGAAAUUCAGGGACUGCUGGAAGCUAUAAUGGACCUAAGGUUGACAACAAUGGACAAGGAGCCAGAAGAGAUCAAACUGGAGGUUUUUGGCCAGGAUUUGGAGGCGGAAAUUCAGGGUUUUUUGGUGGUGAUACUGAUAUCGAUGGCUCAGUUGGAUUCAAGAUAGGAAUCAGGCAUCAUUGA